UUACGUCGAUGUAGCUUGCGUGACUCAUAGCAGAGUGGUUGCAAGCUGUUAAAAAAACAUAUUUAGCUCAUUAGUUCGCUGGGUCAAGCGUUGCAUAUUGCUGGAUGGGGUAGUUAAACAUCGCGUGACAGCUUGAUGGUUUGACGGAUGCGGAUUGACCUUGUGCGCCGGUUUCACCACCCAUUUCUACAUUUAUGCUACUCCCUGACCAAAUUCCCCUGUGUUACUAAUUAGUCAUUUUGUAGUUCAAUUGUUUUGUCACGUGCAUACGUUGACUUUGUCAAAAAACUCAACAAAUUUGGUCGGAAUUCCGUGACAUGUUUUGCUAAGAACAACACGCCGGCUCCACUGGAAUGUUCUGAGUUGCUGUUUCCCGUCGGCCAUGUUAGAAAAGGCGAGAUGGAAAGCUAACGAGCUAGCUAGUUAAUCCUAGCAACGAGAGUGAGAUUUGUCCAUAAAACAAGUUUCAAUUUGAUUUUGUUUACUACCACCUGGCUGCAGACAGGUCUGCAAAAGCAAGAUGGCUAACUAACUUACUUUUGAGACUUUUCGGGGAUGAAAUAGCUAGUUAGUGCAAGACAUUUUACACUUGCGAGCAGGUUCGGCUGGGUUGGGCCUGUUGCGUUUAUUUAACCAUGAUGAAGCCACGCAAACAUGUUAGCCUGGGCAAUGGAAAAAUAAACACCGGUGAGGUGGAGGGGGAGAAGAUUCUGUCUGCAAAGGAUUUUGUUGGUAUCCCUCUUCCCACCUACAGCAAUGGUAACAGACAUUUGAUAAAUGCUAACGUAAAACAGAAGUCAAAACGCAAUGUUUUUACCACUCUUUCAAAAGUGGGCAGCAAAGAGGGUCUUGUUCACAAGAAGAAUAUGGACCGCAUAAAUGACAAGGCCCAGGAUUUCACUAAUCACUAUGAGGGAAAGUUUUUGGACAAAAAGGAAUCUGCUUUGUUUCUGAAUGGGGUGGUAAACUCUGCUCAUAUUACAAAUGGUUACUCCAGCAAGUCACCCCCUGAUAAUGAUGGCAGUGGCUCAGAAGGUGGAUAUACUACUCCUAAGAAACGCAAGACCAGACGCAACAGCAUCAAGAACACAGAGCAUGUGACAAGAGAAAGGGAGAGAGUCAUGCAGCAGGGCAAUGCCACACAGGAGCUAGAGGUUUCUGAACUUGAACCAACAGAGAAAUUGGUGAGCUCGCGAAUUCACCAUAAAGCAGACGCCCAGACAGCAGUCAAGCGGAUGGAUGCUCCAGAGGUGGCUAUGGGUGAACUGCAGAAGAAAAACUCAGACAGUAAGACUGCUGCAGGUGCCUUUGGUAAAAAGUUUGAGAAUAGGCCCAAAGCCAAGCUCUCCUCCUCUUCGAAAGAGGACUCUUGGACUUUAUUCAAGCCCCCUCCAGUAUUUCCUGUGGACAACAGUAGUGCUAAAAUAGUGCCCAAGAUUAGUUAUGCAAGUAAAGUUAAGGAGAACCUCAACAAAGCAGCCCAGGCUGGAGGAGAGGUGCAGACUCCUCAGGUGCCUGGUAGACUCUCACAGGUCCCCAUGUCUGCUAUGAAAACCAUCAUCUCAGCUAGCUUUACUAAUGGCCCCGUUUCUGGAGAUGGAAAUAGUUGCCCGUCUGUUGGAACCUUCUUCACCCCUGCUGCUAGUAGUAUUCCGCCAGCCACCUCUCUCCCAUGUGGGGAGAACGUAGCAUCCACUUUGGACAAUGACUAUAACUCUUUAACCAACCCUGCAGCUGUAGAUCUGAGAAAGUGUACUCUUUUCAUUUACCCCCUAAACCCUUUAAAUAUGCAACCUGUUCUCCCUAGUGCUUGCCAAGUGGACACCCAGGCUGCUCAGACAAAUCAGAAAGCCUUGGGGGACAUUUUCCAGAAUCAGUGGGGGCUGUCUUUCAUCAAUGAGCCAAACGUGGGGCCAGAAGGAGGAAGCGGGCCGGUGGCUGCCGUUGAGGGCAAGGCUGCGGUGGUAACAUUUCAAGGGGAGCAAUGCCCUGCUGCCAAGCCAGAUCUUGACUCUAAUCUAUCAAUCCCAGAGCCUUUGCCUCUCACUUUGGCUCAAGACUCAGAGAAAAGGACUAGUGCCCCAGCUUGCCCACCUGCUACAGUGAAGGGUGAGGAUGGGGAAAAGACUCAGCUGUCUAGACAGGAGAAGACAAAGGGCGAGGCUAAGAGUCCAGGUGCAGUUUUGUUGGCCUCUUGUAAAGACAUUAGUGCUGAGCCUGCCCAGGCCCCCCUGACCAACCUAGUGUUGGGACUGUCUAAAGAGCCACCCCAUUCUAAGAGCCUGGACAGAGGUAGCUGGGGGUCGUUUGAUCUGAAAGCUGCUGUUACUUAUCACACUAAAGAAAUGGAAUAUGUUUUCAAUUUGCAAAAACAAGAUCCAAAAAGAGUAGUCUGUUAUGACAAGACCACGGAUGGACCUUAUCAGUGAGGUAGUGAAUGUCAACAAUUACAUGUACCUUCUCCCUACCUGGGUGCUGCAGAUGUCUUCUUUGGCGGUUAUGAUCCCUUUGGAAAACAAAAUCGAGUCAACUGUGAUAUUGGGACAGAAAGAUGCAUGUCCUGUGACAUACAUUUAUUGGAAUACAGAAUGGGAUAAUGGGAUUUGUUUUUUGGGGGGUAUGUCAGAGAAGAGGAAGAUGACAAGGGAAGGUGUAAUAUGAGGAAAUAUGAAUCCAAUUAUUGGCAUUAAGUUGAGCGCUGACGCUCUGGACUACACAAAGACUCAAACACUUGAAAGAAAUUUUGGGUGCCUCUCUCAUGUGAAUGGACACUUGUGACACUUUCUGCUGUAAUAGAUGUUGGUCUCAUAGCUCCUUCGUCUGGGUGUUGAGGACAUAAGACUGAGGAAGGUGCAAACUGCACCUCCCGAGCCUUUAUCCUCUUGCCCAUUGAACUGUGGUGACUAUGUCUGACAGUAGGAUGCCUCAAUCGUUUUAUUUCCUCAUGCAUUCAAAUUAGUCCAAUAUAUGUAGAUUUGUGUAUGUGUUAUGAUUUAUGCAUACACAUCAGUAUAUGUGCACAUUUGAAUACAUUUUAAAAGAAAAUUAACUAGAAAUUCUAAGAAUGCCUUGAAAUUUACAAAAUGUGAAGAUUAUGAGAAGGCUGGUAGUAUUGAUAAGCCUGUUAGGCUGCAGGUUAAAUGAGAAAUAUAUAUGUUUAGGGAACGCAUUUGUCUUAAUUACUUUAGUGAAUUAACUAUGCCCAGCAAAGACCUGACUGCUUGGUAUCAGUUUUGACAACUAUUUUACUCUGUUUUGUAUGGUUUAGUGAUUUCAGAUGUGAUCUACAGUAGCAACAAACUCCCAGAGCACAGAUAGAGAGACGUGUCAAAUCAGAAUGAAACUAAAGCCAUGUCAUAAUCUCGUGGUUCGGUUGUCAGUUUUUGUUAGCCGUGCUAAUCAGUCAAAAAGUUGUGGCAUUAAUUGUCUUCAUCUGAGUUUAGCUUUAUUUGUACUUUUAUUUCUUCUUAAUCCUUGCUGUUUUCAGUCUACAUAUUUCAUUAAUUUCAGAUUAAGAUUGAUGUAGGCUAUUCCUUAAUUUUAGAUGUAGGUUCUCUUGAGCUUUUCACUUGAUUGUGGGAGUUUUCGGGAAGAUGAGAAAAGUGACGUGGUGGAGCAAGGGCUAUCUAUGUAUGUGAUAUUUCAAAAUGACUUUUUUUUGUUAGGUGUAUUUCAUAAGUAAGGUUCAAAAUGUCUAAUUCAUUAGGCCUGUCUAAGCUAUAUUUGCUGACACCAUGUGGAGAAAUGGCAAAUUUCUUAUUUUCUUGCUCAAGCAAUUUGCUUUUGAUUUGCUGACCAACCUGUUCAGCAUAGUAUCCUUUUUGCCCUUUCAGCAUUUGGUCUUUAAUCUCUCUCUCACGACAAUGUAUUUCUUGCACGUGUUUACUGGUGUGGAUGAGAUGUGAGAAGUCGCAGUAUAAUAUAACCAAGCAAAUAUUAGACAGAGAACAAUCGCAAUACUAAUCAUUUCAUGUCCCAGACCAGCCGCUCUUUGUAAUACUGUGCAUAGAGAUUUGGUGGUGAUGGCGUUUCAUAAUACCGUAUCAUCGAGUUAGUCUUUGAUCAAAGUGACUGUCAAGAGGCCUAAACAUGUCAAGGCAGGCCAAAUUUGGCAAUACAUUGAGUGGACAACCACGAUGUCAUUGGUACUACCAUCUCCCUCUCAGUUGGGUUUUUGGUUUUGCGCUAAGGAAGGACAUUAGUUUCUUUUCUCUAGCAUAAAUUAUUUGGUUGUGUGGAUUAAUAGCACUUUAUUUAACAGUUUUUUUUUUAAUCUUUCAAUUACUACAGAUAUACAGUACCAGUCAAGUUUGGACACACCUACUUGUUCAAGGGUUUUUCUUUGUACUAUUUUCUACAUUGUAGAAUAACAAUGAAGACCUCAAACUAUGAAAUAACCAAAAAAAGUGUUAAACAAAGUAUCCACUCUUUGCCUUGAUGAAUGUUUUGCACACUCUUGGCAUUCUGUCAACCAGCCUCACCUGGAAUGCUUUUCGAACAGUCUUGAAUGAGUUCCCACAUAUGCUGAGCACUUGUUGGCUGCUUUUCCUUCACUCUGCGGUCCAAACCAUCUCAAUUGGCUUGAGGUUGGGUGAUUGUGGAGGCCAGCACUCCAUCACUCUCCUUCUUGGUCAAAUAGCCAUUACACAGCCUGGAGGUGUCUUGGGGUCAUUGUCCUGUUGAAAAACAAAUGAUAGUCCCACUAACUGCAAACCAGAUGGGAUGGCAUAUUGCUGGUUAAGUGUGCCUUGAAUUCUAAAUAAAUCACUGACAGUGUCACCAGUAGAGCACCAUCACACCUCCAUGCUUCACGGUGGGAAUCAUACAUGCGGAGAUCAUCCGUUCACCUACUCUGCAUCUCACAAAAACACAGCGGUUAGAACCAGAAAUCUCAAAUUUAGACUCCUCAGACCAAAGGACAGAUUUCCACCGGUCUAAUGUCCAUUGCUCGUGUUUCUUGGUCCAAGUAAGUCUCUUAUUAUUGGUGUCCUUUAAUAGUGGUUUGUUUGCAGCAAUUCGACCAUGAAGGCCUGAUUUCUCCUCUGAACAGUUGAUGCGGAGAUGAUUCUGUUACUUGAACUUUGACGCAUUUAUUUGGGCUGCAAUCUGAGGUGCAGUUAACUCUAAUGAACUUAUCCUUUGCAGCAGAGGUAAUAACUCAUGGUCUUUCUUUCCUGUGGCGGUACUCAUGAGAGCCAGUUUCUUCAUCUGCGCUUGAUGGUUUUUGCGACUGCACUUGAAACUUUAAAAGUUCUUGAAAUUUUACGAAUUGACUGACCAUGUCUUACAGUAAUGAGCUGUUCUUGCCUUAAUAUGGAUUUAGCCCUGUUUGAUAAAAGACCGUCUUCUGUAUACCACCCCUAUCUUGUCACAACACAACCGAUAGACUCAAACACAUUAAGAAGGAAAUAAAUUCCACAAAUUAAUUUAAGGCACACCUGUUAAUUGAAAUGCAUUCCAGAUGACUGCCUCAUGAAGCUUGUUGAGAGAAUGCCAAGAGUGUGCAAAGCUGUCAAGGCAAAGGGUGGCUACUUUGAAGAACCUGAACUCUAUUGAGUUAACACUUUUUUUUUGGUUACUACAUGAUUCCAUGUGCUAUUUCAUAGUUUUGAUGUCUUCGCUAUUCUCCAAUAGUGAAAAUAAAGCGAAACCCUUGAAUGAGUAGGUGUGUCCAAACAUUUGACUGGUACUGUGUAUAUAUAUAUUUAUAUAAUGACAUACUAACUUCUUUUAAGAAUGGCUUUGGUUGGACUGUUCUUUUUAAGAAAAAUAAAUGAAUAAAUACAAAAUGUCACUCAGGUAGCAUUGGUAAAGCCAUGACAAAGUUGGAACAAUUUUGUUUUCUGCCAAAUGGUUCAGAACAAGAUCCUCAUAUUGUGCUCAAAUUUGAAUUGCUAAAAUAUUGAAUUGGAGUCAUAUUUAAUAAUAAAAUACCAAAAUAUUUAGCUUACAGAAAACACUGACAUUGCUUGCAAGCAGCUGUCAUACAUGUUAUGUAGGCUUCAAACUUUUAAAAGUUCUCUGUUUAGGCAAUUUCACUUUAAGCACACUGAUUUGCACCGUUUUCCACCUGUUAUUGGACAGGGUGAUCUCUUACUGUCCUUGAUUCUUUUGUCAUUCAUGACCUGAAGCACUUCUGUGUUCCCAGUCCAGGUUAUAUGCAAUGGCAGGAAUCUAUGUCUGUGCUUCCUAGUCCAGCCCUCUCUGGUCACGUCAUGGCUUGUUCUUGCAGACUGAGAGGGAACUACAAGAAGGUCACACAUACCCCUGAUGUGUACAAAACUGUGUCUCACAUACUCUUAAAUGGCAAUUCUGCCACUUUUCAACCUCAUUCAUCAUCUCCGCACCAUACCAGUGUCUCUACAUAUGAAAAACAUACAUUUCUGUGGUUUAGAAGAAAAGUACUAAAAAAAGUAUUCUCUGUGACAUCACAGGGUAGGUUUUAAAAGUAAGAAACUGAUUUUCCAAAACCAACAAAUUUCUAGCCAGGGGGAGGGUAUUUUCUUGCUCCCCGCGUCAUUGUGAAUCUCAUUGCAUUUGAGAAAUUGCUGUUUGUCAUCAGGUAGAACUUUUUAGUAAUGCACCAUUUUCACAUGUGUAGACACUGGUAUUGUGCUGGAGAUCAUGAAAAGUGGUGAGAUUACCUUUUUUAAGUUACUUCGCUGUGGAAUUCAAAGCAAAGGAUAGACCUCUGGGAUGUGGUAUUUUACUAAAGUGUUAUCAGAUGGGGAAACUCCUAUCGAGCAAAAUAAUGUCUUAUUUGGCUAAUGCUGGACAAUGGCGAAAUGUAUCUGUUUUAUUUUUGUCUUGAUCGGCAGUGGGAAUUGUUUUUGCGAUGGACAACCAAGUUUGAAUAGUUUGCAAUGGUGACAUUGACGGCAAAAAAAUAAAAUGUAUAUCUUCUUUUAAAAAUGUUACUUGUACUUUGAAUGUUCAUGCAGUCGAUUUAUGUUACUUUACUUGGUUCCCCAAAAUAUUGGAAUAGAAAACACCAGAUCAUACCACGGGGUAAAAAAACAAAAGUUUGUAAUUUUCAUAACCCUAAUCUCUUUAUUUUAUUUUUUAUCCUGAGUGUGAGAACAAGUAUGCUUCUUUGUGAAAGCGGGCAGGCAAUCUCUUUUGAAGUCGGUGUGUAAAAGUGCUCUAACAGUACAUAUUAUGUUCAUUGUUUUGAUCCAAACAUGUCCCCUUUUAUUUGAGUCUUAAGAGGGCUCAUUGAUCUCUAGGGAAAUAACGCAUAAGUUUUCCCCCUUAGAUAUUUUAAAGCACUUAAGUAAAAUGGGUAUUUUUUUGUAUUUAAGAAAAUAAUAUAGCUAUAUUAAUUCAACGAUAGUGUAAUAGGAUGUAAACCAAAAACUGGUUCUUAAGAGGAGUUGAUUUGAGAAAUACUUUGCUACAAAAGAGCGCGUUUGUGCUUUGUGUGGUGAAAGAAAAUUGAGAAAGUGAUUUCUGUCUGUAUUUUCAUCCCCCUUAGGAUGUGCAAUCACCUCAAGGAUUCUUGCACAGUCCUCUGAGUUCUGAAUAGGAGGACUGCUGUUUGAUGUGUGUGUAAAAGUGAGCUCUUCCAAUUAUAUGCAAGUUUCCCCUUUUUUUCCAAGACCCUUGUAUCAUGUUCAUGUGCCUGUGUGAAAAGUAUGCUUUUACAGUGAUUUGGAUAUUUUUUUGUUUGUUUUGAAAAUCAUUUGUGCCAUGUCUUUUUGUUAUAAAAAAAUAAUCUACAUUUGCAAUGUUGUUUAACAUUUUUUACAGCUUCCUUUCACUGACAUGGAAGAAGCUGAAAGCAAUGUGCGUUUUUAGAUGUUUUGAAUAAAUUUCACAGCUCAAAAUCGAAUGAUGUGCAACAUCUUUCAUUGGGCUUUUAAUGAAA